GUAAACUUCCGUUGAAUUUUUGUAUCGUGUUGAGCACCAUCACCGCCAAAAUUAGUGCAGUGCUGAAUGGUUUAUCAUCAAAUUGUUUUGAAAACAGUUAAUUUUGUGGCAUUUUAUCCAACAUGCCACGUUUGGAAGAAUUUAAGUAUCACUGUUAGGGAACUGCAACAUAGCCAUAAGUUCUGAGCUGACCCAGGGAAAAACAUGGAAAAAUAUACCAAAAUAAAAAAGAUUGGAGAGGGUGCCUUUGGAAAAGCUAUCUUGGUCAGAAAAAAGAAUGAUGGGAAACAAUUUGUUAUUAAAGAAAUCAAUAUACAAAAGAUGAGUCCAAAAGAAAGACAGGAUUCCAAAAAAGAAGUUGCAGUGCUGGCACAGCUGAGUCACCCUAACAUUGUGACGUACAGGGAGUCUUUUGAAGAAAUUGGAAGCCUAUACAUAGUCAUGGACUUCUGUGAGAAAGGUGAUCUCUACAGCAAAAUUAAUGGACAGAGAGGAAUCUUAUUUCCAGAGGAACAGGUUUUGGACUGGUUUGUUCAAAUCUGCCUUGCAAUAAAACACAUCCAUGACCGAAAAAUCUUACACAGAGACAUCAAGUCACAGAACAUCUUUUUAUCAGCUGAUGGAUCAGUAAAGUUAGGAGAUUUUGGAAUAGCCAAAGUCCUAGGAAGUACUGCAGAGUUAGCCAGGACAUGCAUAGGAACCCCUUACUAUCUGUCUCCAGAAAUUGUAGAAAACAGGCCUUACAACAAUAAAAGUGAUAUAUGGUCCUUAGGAUGUGUGUUGUAUGAAAUGGCAACAUUGAAACAUGCUUUUGAAGCUGGGAACAUGAAAAAUUUAGUAUUAAAGAUUAUUAGAGGGUCUUACCCACCAAUUUCUCCAAAGUACAGCUAUGAUCUCCGAGGCCUUAUUGCUCAGCUGUUUAAACGGGCUCCAAAGGAGAGACCCUCUAUAAACUCAGUUUUAAAGAAGCCUUUUGUGCAGAAGAGGGUUUCAAAAUUCCUCACAGAAGAGGUAAUUGCUGAUGAGUUCAGUCAUACUGUUAUGCAUGGACACAAACUGGCCAGGGAAUUACCGCCUCCCCCAAAAGCUUCGAAACCCCCAGCACCAAGAAAAGCCACUCCAGCCAAGACUCCCCGGUAUAACCCUGCCAGUGUGUAUGGAGCUCCUAUAGUAAGGAAGUCACAAGAAAAAAGACAAUCAGCUGAUAAGAAGCGCCCAGGCAGUGGAGGCCCACCCAGGCCAGGAAGUGCAGCCAGCAGGCCAGGAAGUGCCCAGGGCAUGAGGCCUUCUAACAGUAACCAGGAUUUAAGAAAGAAAAGACAAGAAUUAAUGGAUAAAGAAAAGAAAAGGCAAGAAGAAAAGGUUGCAGCAGAAAAACGACAUAAAGAUCUGAUGGAGAAACAGAGGAUUGCACGCAUGAACAAAGCCAGAGAGGAGGGAUGGAAGAAUUUAAUGGGAUCUAUAGGAUCUGAUGAAGGAGAUAAGGACAAGAAUAGAGUCAAGGAGCAGCCCAAGGAACAAGUCAAGUGGCCCCCUCCUAAUCAGCCGGCUGGGGAUAAGGAGAGAGGGAAGUAUGACCAGUAUCACGCUUACCUGGACAAACUCCAGAAUGAGAGAGACCAGAGACAAAACAACCCAAAACCAGUAGGUAACAAUGCUGCAGCUUACAUGGCGGCACCAAGAGUAGUGGAUCCCUCUAAGGCAAUCCCUAACUGGAAACGACCGGGAGGCGGCAAUGUCCCAGCACCCACCCCAGUUUACCAGCCACCCAAUCCUAACAGGAAUAUGGGGAUGAACAACCAGGCAGAAGAGAGAGCUAAAAUUGUCCAGGACUUUGUACAGAGAAGAAAAGAGGCAGCAAUUAAUAAAAACAGGGGACAGGCAGACAUCUUUGGAAAUGCUAGAUCCUAUGAUCCAACACCCCAACAAAAUCCAGCUUACAACGAUCAACGGCCAGGAUCUGCCCGCAACAGAGAGGAACAGGAGUAUUUAGAGAAGCUACGACAGAUCCGAGAACACAAUUAUCAGGAGAGACGUAAUGUUAUGGGUAGAAAUAAAAAUCAGGAAGCUCAGGAACAAGCCAGGAAGGAUGCUGAACUACGAAGACAAAAGAUAGAGGCUCUCAGGCAACAAGCAGAUGACAGGGCAAGGAUGCUGAGAGAACAGUUGGAUAAAGACAGAAAAGAAUUGUUUGAAAAGGAGAAACGUUUAAGAGAGCUUGGCAAACCACCAGUUCAAGCAAGACCAGGAAGGCCACUACCCAUGCCCCCCAAACCUCAGAUGACCCCAGCACCCGCCGUCUCUGUGACCGGGGUCCUCAAUGCCAUCGGAGCGGAAUCUCCCAAACCGAUUCCCAUGGAGCCUUCCAGCCCUGCGGGGAUGACAAGUGUUCUCAGUGCCAUAGGAGCCAAACAGACUGACAACAAAGAAGAGGCUCAGAAAACCCCAGAUCAGCUAAAGAAAGAUGAAAUUUUAAAGCGCUUAAAUGAAAAGGGACCACCCAAAGGUAAAUGGGGAAAACCAGAGAAGCCAGAAAUUGCUGAAGAAAAGUCACCACCGGAGUCCGCCAGGUCACAGUGGGGUCAGGGUGAUGGCGCCAACAUAUCAAAUUUACCACUUGAGCAGACGGCAUCUCAGAUGGAGGCUACAUCUGCUAGAGAUCAAGUUGUGAAGCAUCCUGUUUCUGGGGGUGGAGAUUCCAAACCACAACCACCAGAGAAGAAAUGGGGAGGCCCCAGUAAUACUUUGAUGAAAAUUCUGGAGGGUAGGCCUGGGGAAGAGGUGGCUGAGGAUGUCAAGGACAAGCCAAAGGUCCCAGAGAAGAAGAAAUGGGGUGGACCAAGCAACACACUGCUUAAUGCCCUGGAAAACAAACCUGUGGUGGCUGGAACACUGUCAGGGGGAUCAAGUGAAUCUGCCCCCAGUCCAGAGGCCACUACCUCUGCUACACCCUCGGGGUCUGCCACCAUCACAAUAUCUAAACCCCCAGUGAUCCCCAUCAAACCAGGUACCAUCACCAUCAGCAAGCAGGGCCCCCCAAAAGAAGGGGCAGCUAUAGGAGCUACCAUUACUGUAGAUAAACCGGUGAUUGUAAAGGGACAAGUACUGCCCUCUUCAGAUGAAAAUCCAGAUUCAGCCAAUCAAGAAUCAGAAAGUAAAACUGCCACGGAGAAAACUGACCAAUCAGAGAGCACUGAGAAAACAAAUUCUGAGAGUGAUAAACUCAGUGAUGAUCAAACUAAGUGUGUUGAUAAACCUCCACUUCCAUCCAAACCGGUUGUUUUACCAAAACCGGUCAUGUUACCGAAACCAGAUACACCUAUGCAGUUUGGAGACACAGACAAGGUUCCUGAGGCUGCUAAAACUGAGGGAGCCGGAAGCUUGUUCACAAAACCAAAAACUGAAAGUAAACCAGAUAAAGUGGAAACGGAGGAAUCCAAGAAAGAAGAAUCAAAAGAACAGAUUAAGAAGCAAAAUUCUGGUGUAAUUCUUGGGAUCACUUGUGGACAGUUUGACAUAAGAAAUGCUCAGAUGUUACGUACUUGCUCUGAUCCUGACCUUCCUCAUCUGAUGCGUACAGCGGAAAGCACGAAUAUUGUCAAAAGAACCAGAAGACAUAGUCUAGACCUAGAGAAAUUAAAGACAGAGGAGGAGGAGUUAGUGAAGUGUCUGCUUGCCAAUGUCAGUUUGGAGGAGGACAGUGAGUACAAGAGUCCUGAUCAGCCCCUCAGUCCCCUCAACCUGGAGGACCAGUCUCCUCAGAAAGAGGAAAAUGGCAAUGAGGAUGAGGACAACAGCAAUGAGGAGGGUGAUGAAGAUGAUGAGGACUUGAUGAGUGUCAGAGAGACCAUGCAGAGCUUGCUCCUCAGAGAAUACAGUACAGAUGAGGACAAGAGGGCAUCAGCUACACUGAAUCUGACAGAGAGUAACGAGGAUGACAUCAGAGAAUCAGGAGAGGAGGACAAUGACAAUCAAGAUGAUGGAGAUGAGGAAAAAGAAAAGUCAGUAGAGGAAGAGGAGGGAGAUAAUGAGGACAAGGAGGAGGAGCAGGAGGAAAAUGACGAGGAGGAGGACCAGUCAGGAAAUAAUGAGGACCUGUUCCAGUCAGAUGAGAGUGAUCGUGACACCCAGUUUGGGGAUGAUGAGGAUGAUUAUGAUUUGUUCAGUCGACUAGAGGAGUCUCGAGCAGAGCUGGAAUCUGAGUUAGGAUGUGAAAAAUUCCUCAAAGUCUACAAGACUGUGCAGGCCCUUCAGGAGGAUGAGGAUGAGAACAUUGAGGAGGGGGCCAAACUGGUGACCAAGAUCCUGGGUAAAGAAAAGGAACAUCUGUACCCUAAAGUGUUCCAGCUGGUCAUGGCUGACGCUGCCUUUACUGAGGAUAACUAAUCAUAAGACAUUUGGACCUUGUGAUAAAAGUGAAGCCUGGUGAGAAGCUGAAGACUGAAUACAAGUUGAAAACUUCAUAUUUGAAAACUUCAUAUUUUGAAUGUUUAUUAUAUGUGUGAUGUCAUAUUGACAUUUUAUCUAUUGCCAUGGUCCCAUAAGUGUCUCAAGAAAGGGUUUUUUCCAAAGUCUUUUUUCUUAAACACUGGUCCGUAAAUAUAAAUGAAAGUUCAUUUUUUUUCAUACAAAUUAAAAAUUUUUUAGCAUGACAUACAUAUGAAAGAAGUACAUUUUUCGAAUUAAUAUGAAAUCAGUUAAUUACUAUUAAAUCUGGAGUUCAUCAGAAAUUAUAUGAAAAUAAUGGUAAUUUAACAUACUUCCAUUGUUUCAAGUUUAAAUGGUUUACGUUAUAAACAAUUCUUUCUUGUGAUAGAGUACAGUAGUGUAUAAAAGAUGCUUAAAUAUAUUUUGUUUUCUCUCCAUAAUGUUCAAGUCUAGUUUGUAUGUACAUGUACUGUACAUAUAUAUUUAUAAGUAAAUCAGUAUAGAAAACAGCUGUGAUUCAGAAGUAUUGGAAUGAAAAUUUUGUGAAUGCAACUGAAAAACUUUUAUGUGAAAUGUCUUUGUUGAUUGUAUGUACUGUGUGCAGUACAAAAUAUUUGUGAAUGAUAAAGAUCUUUCAAGACUUAUGACCCAGCUUAAAGUGCAAUGUUAUGUGUUGUAGCUACUAACUUUUUAAGUUUUAUUUAUAUACCCUAGUAUAUGAAUGUACUGUAAAAUUUAUACAAAAAGGUUUUCCCUCUCCAUAUAAUUAUUUUUUUUUAUUUUGCCAAUUAUCUGGAAGCACCAGAUUUAGUGGAUGUACAGAUUGAAUGUCAUUUGUAACUAACAAUAUAUUGAAAACUUGUACUGUUAAUGUUAUUCAAGGGUUCAUUUCAUACAAACCUUUAAAUUUCUACAUUUAUAGUAUGUGUACAUUUGCAGAAAGGGUUGUUUUUCCAGAGUAGAGUCUGUCAUAGUAGUAUUUUUGUGUUUUAUCUUUUUUGUGUGUAAUUUGUAUUUACAUGAUGGUUGUAAGUGUAUUCUUUGUAUAAGCUUGUAUUAUUAUUUUGGUCAGCUUAGUUGUUUUUUGCAAUUUUGUAAUACAGUUGAACUUUGUUGUCUAGAACCUUGAUAUCUUGAAUACCAUGGAUAUGUCAAAAUGAGUAAGCAAUUCCAACUACUUUGAGAUGAAGCUUUUUACUCUGGUUGUCUUGAAUCAUCAGCUAUCUUGAAAUUAAAUCAUUGUCCUGUCUAGUUUGAGAUGUCAAAGUUUGACUGUAACUAAUUCACCGUCCACUUUAUUAUAGCUGCCUUUUUAUUUUAUAUUCAUUUACUAAUUUUCCUUUUGUUUAUAUUUAAGUUCACUGCUUGUCCCAUAAAAAAUACCUCUAGAGUGAAAUGAAAUUCAAGCAAGUCAUUUAUUUUAAGGUUGUGAUUCACAUGUACGUAGCCACCUAAUUAUAUGUAUAUGUGUGAUGUUUUGAUUAUUUCUGUGAUUUACAGUUCAGUCAGUGCUAUUUUAAAACAAGAUCUAGAUCAUUUUACAUACCAUUCUAGUAUUUUCACACAUUCCGUCCUAAAAGUGGUGAGUACACUGAACCAGUCUUACAUUUUUUUUGGGGGGGGGUGGAUGGGUCAAAGUAACUAUUGAAGUUUUUUUUAAAGAUGUGUUUAACUAGGCAUAUGGAAUUUAUUGGUAUUUCUCAGCUAAUAAAACGAUGUUGCUAAAUAUGAGCUUUCUCAAAGAGUGGUUCAUUAACUAGGUGUUAUACAUGCAUAUGUUUAAGCAUUAUACUUUAAUUCUUCAUUGUGCUUUUUGUACAUGUAUAAGCUAUUUUCAAAACAACUGCAAGACUAAACAAUAGUAAUGUAUUAUCUUCUUUAUUUCCUUUAUCUUCAUGUGAAUUAUAUUACUAAAUACUAAGAGAAUGAUUUUCUUGCAUUGUCCAUUGACUGUGAAUUUCAUAUUUAACAUUCAAACUUA